GUCUGCUGGGCUCACAACGUGACGUACUGUUCCUCGUCUUGACUGUCUAAAGAACGGACUACAAACAGCAUCGCCAACUUCCAAUUUCAGUAUGAAAGUUGCUUUGCUGAUAGCUGUCAUGUGGGCAUCUGCAUCUGUUGUCCUGACAGGAUCCAGGGAAUGGAGGUGUAGGAGGAGGCUUCAUCGCAAGAAAGAGGUACCAUUCCUGGAGAAAGAAGAGGCUCUCCAAGACGCCGCGGCUAAGCUGGAGGAAGUGGUGCAUCACGCGGAGAAAUCGGUCCUGGAAUUGAUGAGGGAGUUCCAGGAGGUGGAGGAAAACGAUGGUGCUCUUAGUGGCAACACCUUCGAGAACAAAGCGGCUACUCUCCAGGAGGCUGUAGCUGAUAUGGAGGAGAAGGUGAAUGAAGUGGAGGAAGAUGCCGCCUUGGGUCUACUGGAGGAGGAACUGGAGGAGCUGCAAGAGGAGCUUGAGGAAGCCAAGGACGAUCCUGAUGAGUGAUGAUGACACCAGAUGUUACUGACUGCGUCAAAAGCAACCAGUGGAGGACCUUAAAGCUUUAGAUCAUUGAUACCACGACUAGCUUCCUGUCUAGUUCCGUUGACAAU